UGUCUAUGUGUCACAUGACCAAAACAGUGUAGAGGUAAGACGUAGCGGUUAGCCUCAAUGUUAUCUACAGAGAAAUGCCACAGAAAGAUCCGUGUCAAAAGCAGGCAUGCGCCAUCCAGAAGUGUUUACAAGCUAAUAAGUACAUGGAGAGCAUGUGCGAGGAGGUGAUCCGAAACAUGCGGCGGUGCUGUGACGUCCACAGGGGAAACUCGACCUGCUGCUCCGGUUUUAAGGACUCCAAACCGACUGAAAACAAGAACGAAACAUAAAUCACCCGUUCUCCUUUCCGUAGUGGUAGAAAGCUCCACUACAACAAUACAGCAGACCUCAAACAAGGCGAUGCAAACAGAAGGAAUCCUUUCAUCAAGUGUCUCACUUGUUCUUGCUGGUGGUUAGCUCCAGCAGUUUGUUCAAUCUGGACAGACAGCCAGUCCAUCACUGGGCAACAAAGAGACACACAUGCGCACACUUAUACCCGAUGUAAAUGUAGACAGACUGAAUAACCUAACAGUUAUGUUUAUUGUACUGUGGGAGGAAGCUGGAGUACCCAGAGAGAACCAGCAAAUACACGAAAGACCAUGCAGAAAGACCCAAGACCUUCAUAUCCCUACUUUAUUGUUAGGAUUUUGGAAUUUCUGCAGCAUUUAAAAAAAAAUUUAAGGAAGAUAUGGGGGGAUUAUUAUUAUUUUUUUCCUUGUAAAUCGUGUUCAUUUGUAAACAAAACAAAAGUAGUUUGCCAAAGUAUCUUCUAGUCUUCUUACUGUAUUUAUAAUUUGAAGUUAUUUGUUUUAUACCCAAAAGUGGCAUGCUUAUGGGGCUAACCCCCUCAACUAAUUGAACUAAUUGGAAUUAAAGUUCAAAUAUAGAAGGUAUAAAACUUUUAUUUAUAUUUUCUAUAUAUGUUUACCAUUAUUAAGUUUGUACUUUUAUUACCUGACAAACUCUUGUGUAAUUGAAAAAAAUACAUAUGUUUUGGACACAUUUGGACAUGUGCAUUUCCACACUUUAAAUUUUAAGAUAAAUAUUUUGUUCCAUA